AUGGCCGAAGGUCCAACAACCCCCAACUCUCCUCACAGCGUCAGCUGGUUCUCCGAGCGAACUCUUUCAGUCUCCACGGCCGUAGACCCUCCAAGUCCAAGCAAUUGCUCCGUCACCCCUCUAGACCUCACCGAUUCCCCCAUCCCAAUCGAAUAUCGCACCAUCACCUUUCGCGAAAGCCCCAACUUCCACCCUCAUUUCCUGCCUCUCCUCCGCCACCUCGCUGCCCAACUCUGGCCUCUCGUCAAUUGCGAAACAGGCCUCCCUCACCCGGACUUCCCACCCAAUAUGCUAGCCUACAACCUUCUGACCUCGGCACAGGUCGAUAACCUGGCCCGCCAUUUCCAUCAGGUUUACCCGCCUAUCCCUGCUACGUUUAAUUAUCCUAUUUGUAUUACCCCGUGGAUUGGAACCCCGGAGGAAAAGACCCUUGAUCUUCCUACGAGGCUAAAGAGGUUGGGACGGUUUUUUGGGUUGAGGGGGUGUGAGGAAGAUGUGGAUAUGGAUGCAGAUCAUGUUGAUCAUGUUGAUCAUGAGAAUGAGAAUGGGAAUGAGAUGAGGGAGAGUGACGAGGUAUUACAACAGAUGGAAUUGGAGUGGCAGCAGGCAUUGCAGAGAGCGUAUGCCGAGGAAUCGCACCGGUGGAACUUGAAGUGA